UUCAGGAAUUGAUCUCAACAACGUGUAUCUGUGGAGACAAAGCUUUUCGUUUCUAUCCUCCCAACACUUGUGGUACUACUCAGAGCCACAGUAGAAGGUAAUUUGUUUCUUCUAGAAUCUAUAUUCAUCUGUUUUCUUUAUUGGUCUUUGUUUUGGUUUGUCGGCUUUAGUUCAGUUUGUCUUUAACUUUAUGUGUUGGUUGUGUAAGGAGAGGUGAUCUGCGGGGAUGACAGUUGGGGAGUGUUCUUUUCAUUCAUUACGGAUUCAACAUCAACAAAGCAUCGCUCCUUCACUGCAGUUAGCAAGAGGUAAAUAGACUUCUCCUUUAAUGCUUUGGGAAUUAAAUGGUAUUUGUUAGUUGUGUUGAUGUGAUUUACAUUUAGUUUUGCGUGGUUCUGAUAUGCAUUUAGGUGAAAACAUUCAUUGUCAUUAACACUUAAAUUAAGUGACUUCAACUACUAAAAACAACAACUGCCUUUAAAAUCCAAACAAUAGGCUUAAACAAAAACACAUUUAAACAACUGAAGCUCUUCUCCUUUUCUUUUUCCUGCGAAUCCAUAAACAAUUUUAUGGAUUCAUUUUCUCAAUCUUCUAGCUUUAUAGAUCUCUUAAAUACUCAACAACAAAACACUCAACCUAGUUUAGAACCCUCUGCCUCGAAUGUCUCUUUCUUUGGUACACAAUGGGCUGAUGAUGUAAACUUGGAAGCUCACACUGUAGAAGACCGCAAAGAGAGACGGAACUGGACACCAACAGAGGACGUGGUGCUCAUCAGCGCUUGGCUGAACACUUCAAAGGACCCGGUUGUUGGUAAUGAACAAAAAGCAAUUGCUUUUUGGAAAAUAAUUGCCGCUUAUGUAGCAGCAAGUCCAAAGCUUGCCGGUUUGCAAAAGAGAGAAGCAACUCACUGCAAACAGAGGUGGGGGAAGAUCAAUGAGGGAGUAUGCAAGUUCGUAGGCUGCUAUACUGCUGCAACAAAGGAGAAAUCAAGUGGCCAGAACGAGACUGAUGUGAUGAAAAUGGCUCAUGAGAUCUUCUUCAAUGAUUACAAGGCGAAGUUCACCCUGGAGCAUGCAUGGUUGGAGCUUCGCCAUGAUCAGAAGUGGUGUGGAGUAUCGACUACUAAGGAUAAAGUGCAGUCUAAACGAAGGAAGCUAGAUGACCACUCAGCUCAAUCGUCAACCUCUGUGCCAGGAGAUGAUGAGCAAGCCUCACGGCCUGGUGGUGUUAAAGCAGCAAAAGCGAAGGCUAAAAGGUCUGCCAGCAAGCCGAGUUUGGAAGAGGAAGGAAAGGAGUUUCAGAGCUUUUGGGAGAUUAGGCAGCAAGACUUCGCCUUGAAAGAGAAGCUGAAUAAGCAGAAAUUGCUUGACUCCUUAAUUACCAAGACAGAGCCUCUUACUGAACUAGAAGUGGCACUGAAAAAUAAGCUUAUCAAUGACAUGUUAGCUUGAAAUUACUUAGUUUCACUUGGAGUUUGUUUCAUGUCUUAGUUUAUGGAUCUUGUGUCUCAGUUUGUUUCAGUUUAUGCUUUGGCUCUGUGUCUUCGUUUGCUAAUGGCGAGUCUGUAACAUUGUUUAUGGUAUUUUCUUUCUUCUGUCGCUUGCUUAUGGUUUAUGGUAUCUUCUUUCUUCUGUCGCUUGCUUAUGGUUUAUGGUUUGGAUCUUGUGUCGCUUGCUUAUGGUAUCUUCUUUCUUCUGUCGCUUGCUUAUGGUUUAUGGUUUGGAUCUUGUGUCGCUUGCUUAUGGUAUCUUCUUUCUUCUGCAGGUCAAGCCAAGGUGACAUAAGAAGACAGCAGAGAUGACUUGUGAUAUAAGAUGACAACAGCCUGUGAGUUGGUCUCGGUACUUUAGCAGGUAAAGCGACAAGAAGAGACAAGAAGACAUGUUCUGUUGGUCUGUGGUGGUCUCGUGACACAAGAAGACACAAGAAGACUCUAUCAUGUUGUUGUCUUGUUAGCUUUAUGAGUUGUGACAUUGCUUGUGACACAAAAAGACAAUAUGUAUAUGUUGAUUAAUAAUUAUAUAGCUUGUAUAUAUGGUACCAACACGAGAGAGAGCAACACUAUCUUAUUUUCAUGUUUCAUAGCUUCUUUCUUAAUUUCCCUUCAAAUAACGAACGAGAGAGCAAGAGCUUCUCCAAAUAAACCAAAACCAAAACCCUUCUUUCUUUCUUAUUCUUCUCCAAAGAAAACCAAAACCCUUUUUUCUUUCUUAUUCUUCUCCAAAAAAACCAAAUCCCUUCUUUCUUUCUUAUUCUUCUCCUAAAAAUCAAGAUAUUUUUCACAUUUCUUUCUUAACAUUUUUUUUAAUGGCAUCUUCUUCUUCAACUAAUUUCGAUGAUGAAAUGGAUGAAAAAUUCGAUCAAAUUUUCGAUCGACAAUUCGAAAAUCUCCUCAUUCAUCAUGAAAAUCGCCAAGAAGCGUCAAGGUCAAAAAAGAAACGAGCCUACAUUGAAAGACAACGAGAACAAGGACACAUGCAGUUACGGAACGAUUAUUUUAGUGAAAAUCCAACAUAUCCUUCUCACAUGUUUCGACGCCGGUUUCGAAUGAACAAGCUCUUGUUCAUGCGUAUUGUUGAUCGACUCUCCGCUGAAAUCCCAUACUUUCAACAAAGAAGAGAUGCUACUGGAAGGUUCGGUCACUCUCCGUUACAAAAGGCAACGGCAGCAAUUCGUAUGAUGGCAUAUGGUUGCCCAGCUGAUACGGUCGACGAAUACCUCCGACUUGGUGAGACCACUGCGCUUUUAUGCUUGGAACAUUUUGUUGGAGGAAUCAUAAAUUUAUUUGGAGAUGAGUAUCUAAGAAGACCCACGCCAGAAGAUCUUCAACGACUACUCGAUAUUGGAGAGAUACGCGGAUUUCCCGGGAUGAUAGGAAGCAUUGAUUGUAUGCAUUGGGAGUGGAAGAAUUGUCCGACUGCAUGGAAAGGUCAAUAUACACGUGGAUCAGAAAAGCCAACCAUUGUUUUAGAGGUUGUAGCUUCACAAGAUCUCUGGAUAUGACAUGCGUUUUUCGGACCUCCAGGUACAUUAAACGAUAUUAAUGUUCUUGAUCGAUCACCGGUUUUUGAUGAUAUAUUACAUGGUCGAGCUCCAAAAGUUAAUUACAUUGUCAACAGACACAAGUACCAUUUGGCUUACUAUCUCACAUAUGGUAUUUAUCCAAAAUGAGCUACUUUUGUCCAAUCUAUUCAACUUCCGCAAGGUCCGAAAGCAUCCUUAUUCGCUACACAUCAAGAAGUUGUACGUAAAGAUGUCGAGCGUGCUUUUGGGGUCUUGCAAGCUCGAUUUGCCGUAGUAAAAAAUCCAGCUCUUUUGUGGAAUAAAAUAAAAAUUGGCAAGAUAAUGAGAGCAUGUAUCAUUCCACAUAAUAUGAUCGUAGAAGACGAACGAGAUGGGUUCACUCAGUUUGAUGUAUUAGUUUUCGCACAACCGGAAUCAAACCGAAGUUCACAAGUGGAUUUCACGUAUUCUACAGAUAUGCCUUCAAAUCCCGAAAAUAUGAUGAGCAUUUGGAAUCGAGUUCGUGAUAAAACAAUACAUCAACAAUUGAAAGCUGAUUUGGUUGAGCAUAUUUGGCAAAAUUUUGGAACAAAUUAAGAUUUCUACUAAUCAUCUUUUCUCGUUUACGAUUUGUAUUUGUAUUUUUCAUAUGUUUUAUGUAAUUUUUUUUAAAUAAUUUUAUGUAUGCUUUUAUUUUAAAUUAUUCUAAUUAAAAAAAAUUAAUUUUUUUUUAAGAACCCCUAUGGGGUUCUCUCAUUGGAGGAAGAAAAAUUUAAUUCCACUAACCAAGGUUCUAAACUUAUCAAAUCAUCUUUUAUCCAACUAAUUUAAUCAUUAGAGCCUCUUAGAGCAUGUCCAUCGGCGGUCCUUACCGCAGGGUUCCAAAAAAAAAGGAAAAAUAAAUAAAUGAAAAAGGGGAAAAAAGGAAAGGACCGGUGCUUAUUAUGGGAUUUUAGGAAAUGGUAAGGAACCCUACGUGGCAGUGUUUCAUUGGAUGUCGAGAUUGUGUCUGUCUCCUUUGUUCCGCUGUGAAACUUUACGAGCUCGAGCUCCGACUCCCCUUCUUCUCCGUAUCAAGCUUCUCCAUAGCCGCUACAGCACUUCGUCAUCAAUCUGAGCUUCUCCGGCGAUAUCAUCAAGCCCUCUGGUCGUAACUGUGUUCACCAUUCCAAGCCGCCGCAUCUCUCCGCGAUUCCCCAUCUCCGUUCAGCUCUAAACAACGACAAAGCUUUCUCCAUGGCGUCAAUCCUCCACCGUCGUCGGAAUCAACGAGCUUCCGCCUCUUCAAGCCACCGUCCUCGUUACACCGCGACAGUAGCUCGCCUUCGUCGUCGAGCUCGAGCUUCGCCGUCGUCGUCUUUCUCGCAGUCUCACCUCCACCUUGGAUCUUCUUCAUCCUCGUCGCGAAUCUCCCACCGCUCGCGAAAAAACCAAAGCUCCUUCGCUGAAUCGCUCAUCCUUUUCGUUCAUCUCUCGUAUCUUCGAAUCCUAAAGCUACUAGAAUCGCAGGAAGGAGUCAUGGAUCCAGCUGAAAUGAGGUACUUGGAAGAACAGGAUUGCCCGAUGAUGUAGACGAUCAAAGGCUGCGUCACUGGUUUCGCCGCCGGGACUAUCUACGGAACCAUUCUGGCCACGUGGAAAGACGUUCCGAGAGUGGAGAGAAACGUGGCUCUCCCAGGACUCAUCAGAAUGCUGAAGAUGAUGGGAACACAUGGGCUCACUUUCGCAGCUAUUGGAGGUGUUUACAUUGGUGUUGAACAGGUGGUUCAGAUUUAUAGGGGAAAAAGAGUAUUAUCCUUACACCCCCGUCGAGUAUUAUCCUUACACCCCCGUCGAGAAAACAGCUCAAGCUGAUGCCUGAUUUCUCUUCUUUUUUUUGGUGACUGAAGUUAAUAAAAGCUCUGCACUUGUGAUCAUCUCUCCAUCAUCUCUAUUUUGAUAACUUAAUCUGGGAGAUGUGAAUUCGUAAAACUCUUUUGUUAUUGUUUCCUCCUGUUUCUAUCGAGAGUGACUUGAAUCUUGUACUUGAAUGUUGAAUGUAAGAAACGUAACAGUUCUAAGCAUCGGAAUGAAAUGUGUUUGCUUCUGUUAAA